AUGGAUUUGGAACGGAUCAAGCAGAAUCUCCGACUACGCUCUGGACGUUCAAAGAAAAUCCGCAAGCCAGUUCCAUUGCAGCUUGAUUCCAAAGACCAAUUCAACAAUACGUCGCAGAAUAAAAGUGCACCAAAUACCGCGGUUCGUCUACAGGAAAGACCUCAAACCCGGCACAAUCACGAGCCGGCUAAAGAUGAACCAUCUCUCCGCAACUGGGAUCAUCAAACCGCCCUCCCUCAAUUCCCUACCACUGGCCCGGGACAUGUGCAAAAAGAUCGUCCAAAUUUGUCUCACGCUGUGACAGCCUCAGGCCCCUACGAGCAUUCAAAUUCUUCACCAAAUAAGCGAUCGUCUCGCUUUGGCCUUUCGGGAAUAGAGCGGCCCCGGAAAGAACGUUCCCCGGUUAAAGCCUCACAACCAGAAUCGGCACCACCCUUGCAAAGGACACUGUCAGAAGCCGACAUUGGUGGUGCCUUUACUUCAGAUACUUCGGACGCUUUGGACUUUGAUCUGAGACCACCUCCACCACGGCCGAAGCCACCAUCCAUUGAAUCUUUGGCGGAAGCUCUUUUUUCCGCUGGACAUUUGAAUGUUCUACUCCGUCAUCCACAUUAUCUCGCCCAAUUCACUGUCUUUGUGGGGAAAUACAGACCCCACUACCACAGCACAAUUCUUCGUUAUCUUGAAACACAGAAAGCAAUCAAAGCUGUGGAGUAUGCCAACUCGGUCGCUGAAGGUAUCGAAUAUCCUACAGAAAGUGAGCAUGGAGAAACGUUGCAGACCAGGCCCUCAUCUGCGGCAACCUUGGACAACGCAUUCGCAGAGGCAAACUCUUCUUCGUUCCAAACACUGCUCGAUUCGGCACUUCCCAUGUACAUUACCUAUAAACUCGUGAAGAUGGCGACUGAAUGCCUGGUCAAUGAGAUUGCUGGACGACGCACCCCUUUGAUGAUAGACCUCGUCAAUGGCCUGUCAGAGGUCUUCUGCCUUACAGAUCCUAACCAGCCUGACAAUCCCAUCAUCUAUGCUAGCGAGGAGUUUUAUCGUCUCACUGGCUAUGGCCGCGAUGAUGUCAUUGGACACAAUUGCCGGUUCCUUCAGGGCGCGAACACUACUCGAGGUUCCGUGGCACGGCUACGACAAGGUAUUCGAGAAGGUAAACAGACUUGUGAAGCAUUAUUGAAUUAUCGGCGAGAUGGAAGACCUUUCAUCAAUCUAUUGAUGAUCGCGCCCCUCCAUGACGACAAGGGAAAUGUCAAAUAUCACAUAGGGGCUCAAGUCGACGUCACGAGGCUCGUAGAGAAAGGUAAAGCUUUUGAUUCGCUUGAGCGAUACCUUAUCAUGCAAGAGAUUGAGAAGAGAGAAAAAGAAAUGAACCGGUAUUCUGACAAAGAGGACCCACAAGAUACGCGAAAAUCCAGAACACUUGCGAAACUGCGUGAUCUGAGCGAGAUGUUCGACUUGGAAGAGUCUGCAGUGGUUCGGUCUCACAGCAGGUCCGCUUCCCUGACAGCAGAAGAUGCGGAGCGAAGUAAUAGCAGUGGCCGACGCGUUGUCUUGGGCGAGUCUGAUUCCACCUCUGAGCAUGAGGAGCAGGAAAGUGAAGACAAGACAUGGAAUCUAGCUCAAUCUGGGAAAUCUGGACUGUCGGGCACACUUCCUGGGGUUUACGACAGCUACAUGCUGAUUCGAGCAGCGGCGUCACUACGAGUUGUUUUCCAAUCACCGACAUUGAGACAGAGGUUUGGUAACGUCGUCCAACAUCCAUUCUUGUCUCACAUUGCGGCACCGUUAAACACUCUAGCAGGACUCAAGGAAAGUCUGGGAAGCGGUGUUGCCGUCUCCGCCAAGAUAAACUUUAUGCUCGAUCCUGGAAAACGACGUGAUGGGACAGAGAUAAAGCCAGGGUCGAAACCCGACAAUUCCCGCCCAUGCUGGAUCUCAGCCACUCCUCUGCUAGGUAGCGACGAUAGUAUUGGUGUUUGGAUGAUUGUGUUUGUUGAGAAAAGAAAAGUGUCCAACGCCAGGACUACCCAAAACCAGAUCCAGUCUGAAGAGCCCACCAAAGAAUCAGCAGGCCUCUCACGCAAAGACCGGCCUACAAAAGUCGAAAUUCCUGCUCGUAAGUCAUCACAGCGUCUACGGCCAUCGAAGUCAGCACUGGAGUCUAAAGCGGAUCUCUUGAAUGAUGAUGUGCCUAUGAAACCUAAGCGACUUGAGGAUGUUACGGAGUCUGUGAAUAGUGCUGAGUCUACCUUACGAGCAGGAACGGAUGAUGGCAAGGGAUCUGGUGGCGUGGUCGAUAAGGAGGAGAUAGAGUUGGGCGAGAAGAAUGAAACUGCCAAAGAGGAACCAGAGCAAGAAGUUGAAAGAGACGAGGCAAAGCCCACUGCCAUAACAACACCCCACAUGGAAGAAGAACACGAUACUGUUCCUGACGAGCUGUCGUCACCCAUCCUGGAGCCUGCCGUAGAACGCAAGCCAUCCGAUGACCUGUUUGUCCGCCCAAAGUUGCAGACGCAGGACACUCAGAAGUCGGAGCGUAUUCACAUCCGCGCUGAUAGCGAUACAGAACCCCCGGCAUUGUCGACAAUAGAUCUUGACAAGGCGCUGGUGAGGUCGCUACCGGGCAGCAGAGCCGGCACUGGUCUUGCUAUCCACAACUUCCCAUCUCCACCCAUGUCUCCAGAGACACUCAACGUAUUCCAUGGCUUCUCGGAUGACGAAGAAACUCCGCGCCGAUCAGGCCAUGCUGUUCCAAUCGGCAAAAAAUCGUCACUGACGCCUCAACACAAGGAGGGCGACCUCGAGUCUCCUUCCGGAAAACCAAACGGCAAGCACUAUAUGGACUAUCUCCGUCAUCCCGGUAGUGGUAGGAGUUCGGGGGAAUAUAAUCACACUCUUACGGGCUCGGUACUGGUCAAUUCCAUGUAUCAUGUGGAUGAAGAUGGGAAACAUUGGGUCCAGGAUGGCGAGGAUGACUUUCCCGACCGUGAGUGUCUUGGUUCUCCAUACAGCGUUGAUUAG